CCUCUCGUGAAAAUCUAGAGCGCCUGAAAUUUGAAUUUUUGAUGGUCCCAUGGCAAGCUCAAUGGCAAUGCGGCGUACAAAGCCUAGAAGGAGCACAGAAUGGGGGCUGCAAUGCUCUUGUUACAGUAUGAUCUGUGGAAGAGCUUUCUAAGUCCGUUUCUCAUGCCAAAGGCAGACAAUUUCGACCGGCCCCCAAUUUCGCUCUGUCCAUUUUAAGUGUUGCGCUCAAACAGCCACGCAACGCAAUUGCAGUAGCAUUCCACCUUAGGAUGGAAAUCUUUGUCAACACAGGUGCAAUGUUUUUGCCAUUCAUGAUGAAACCAUAAAGGCGCAUUUGCACGCUGGCCGUAUCGUAGACGAAGUAAUGUGCAGAAUGUGCUGCAGCUAGCAAUUGCGUCUCAGGGGAGCUUCCCCAACCUUUUGGAAACCCCAGCAAACAUGUCCCAUUCAAACUCAACAAACUACGCCGUGCCUAAGGGCACUCUGCGGGUGAAUGUGCCACCCCCAGCGCCGAUAGGCCGCUCCGCAAGCUCCGGAUACAUCGGCCAGCAUUGGGACCGAGGAAAUGGGGGAGAUGACCCCAACGACGCAAGGCCCCCCCACGGGGUCCAUAUGCGCAGGCACACCGUCAGCAAUCUUUCCCCAGGUAUGCAGAGCCCCUCAGAGGCGAGGAGUCCUGCGAGCACCCAUUCCGCGAGCCCUGGGAGGAGCAGCGUUGGGAGCCCCUCGACGGGGAGGGUUUCUGCGAGGAGAAUGUACACCGCUGCAUUUGUGGAGGCGGUACAGCGGGUCAGGGAGAAGCUGAGCAAGACAAAGGAGGAGUGGGUGGAGCUGAAACAAGAGGCGAGCGAUCUACAGGAAUAUAGCAAUGCCAAGAUCACAAGGGUGCGCAAGUACCUGGUCGUGCUGCAGGAUAAGACGCGGAAGCUGGAUGCGAGUGUCCGGGAUGCUGACGCGCGCCUGGUGCCGCUCAAGAAAGAGAAGCGGAAGCUGUUCAACGAUCUUAUGUCGCUCAAAGGAAACGUCCGCGUUUUUGCCCGAGUGCGACCCCAGUUCGAGGACGAAGGCCUCAUGUCCUGCAGCUUUCCCGACGAGAACACGGUCCGCGUGUCUGCGACCAACGUGGGGGGAUCCCAAAUCCCAAAGCGGGACUACGAGUUUGACCGCGUGUUUGGGCCCCACGUGGACCAGACGGAGUUGUUUGAGGAGGUGCAGCCGGUCGUGCAGUCGGUGUUUGACGGGUACAACGCGUGCGUGCUGGCGUACGGACAGACGGGGGCAGGGAAGACCUACACUAUGGAGGGCACCCCUCACAACCGAGGCCUCUUCCACCGAGCAUUCGAGGAGCUCUUUCAUCUGUCCAACGAAACCACGGCAGUGACGUCCAAGUACAUUUUCAGUGUCUCCAUACUUGAAAUGUACAACGAACAGAUCAAGGACCUCCUCGCGCGGCGACGCCCCUCGACCGCGGACUACUCGCCCUCGACCGAGAAGCACGAGAUCCGGGUCGAGAAUGAUGGCUCGGUCACCGUGACCGACGUGGUUGAGGAGGUCGUGCCUGCGCCAGGGGAUUUUGCAAACAUCCUACGCAGCGCUAACAAGGCGCGCUUGGCUGGGUUCGGGAGGACGGGCGACCGGAGCAGCAAGUCGCAUCUGAUCGUGAUGGUCCACGUGGCGUACCAAGACAUCUUCACUGGCGAGAAGCACACGAGCAAGCUGGUGAUGGUCGACAUGGCGGGGAGCGAGCGGCUGAGCAAGAGCGAAGCGAGCGGCGACCGCCUCACUGAGAGCCUGCACAUCAACCGGUCGCUCUCCGCGGUCGGGGACGUGGUCUCGGCGCUCACGGCGCAGAAGCGGCAGAUCCCGUACGCCAACUCGAAGCUGACGCACCUCAUGGCGGAUUGCCUAGGUGGAGAGGCCAAGGCGCUGCUGCUGGUGAACGUCGGUCCAGGGGCGGCCGAUGUGCAGGAGACGACCAACUCGCUGAGCUUCGCCGCGCGGGCGCGCAAUGUGGAACUCACACUCGGGAACAAGGAGAACACUAAGAAGUGGCGGGACAUGGCGAGCGAGGCGAAGCGUGAGCUUUAUCAGAAGGAAACCCAGAUCGAGGAGCUCCAGCGGGAGUUGCUGGAGCUGCGGCGGAGCGAUGGGGGCGCCGAGAGCCAAGCGGAGCUGCAACAGGCGCAGGAGGACCUGCGGGCGAGGGACGAGGAGCUGGAACAAAUGCGGGCGGAGCUGGACCGGCUCUCCCAGCAGAAGGAGUACCUAGAGAGCGACCACGCCCGGCUGUUCGAGCAGAAGCGGGAACAAGAAGCGGCGCACGAGCGCAUCGCGGAGCAGAAGCGGCAACUAGAGGAGGACCACCGGCGGGCCGAGGAGCGGCAACGGGAGCUAGAGCGCGCUCAUACGCAGAUGGCUGCCCAGGCACGGGAGCUGGAGACGGCGUAUGAGCACAUCGCCGCACAGAAGCGGGAGGUCGAGGAGGACCACCGCAACGAGCUGGCGGCCAUGAGUGAGGGCCACGCGGCGCGGCUCGCGCAGGAGAAGGCAGUGCGGGAGCGCAAGGUCGUGCUGCUGCAGCAACAAGUCACCCAGCUGGAGGCGCAACUAGCGGAGGCCACCACGUGCCUCGCCAUGGCCUCCCUACACGGCCCCCCCAAAAAGACCGUCGAACCACCCCCCCCGGACGACCUCGUCAAGUCCAAGCUCGACGAAGAGCUCGCGAAGCGGGACGAGCUCAUCGAACGGCUUCACCAAGAGAACGAGCGUCUCUUUGAGCGCUUAACGGCAGCAGAGGCCGAGUCGCAAGCCAAGCAGGAGGACGGCGACUGGCUAAGCGAGGCAAAAGACGAAGUCCCAAAGACGGGCCGGCCGUCUUAUCGACCGUCGUCGAUCGAGCUCCGGCGGAUCAUCGAGGGGUCGGACACGAAGUUCGAAGAGGUCGGUAACGGUGUCGGCAGCGGCAGCGGUAACGAUCGGCAGGCGGCGGUGGCGUCGUCGUCGGGGCGGCCGUUGACGCCGUCGGCGAGCGCGAAGAGUUUGCCGGCGCCGAAGAGCACGAUAAAGACGACGCCAGCUGGCGAGUACUUGUGCGUCCAGCUGGACUCGUUCGACGUGGAUGCGUUUGGGACGGAGGGGGAGCGGGCGGACGGUGUGAAUAAGCUGCUGAUGCUGGUGCUGGCGGCCGUCAUCAAGGCGGGGAGUGCACGGGAACACGAAAUGCUCGCAGAGCUGCGAGCGUCAACUUUUGCGUUCCUCGAACGGGUCGCCUCCCUCCCGGGCGUCGACACGGUUCUCGUUGCGCGCGUCCGCAUCCUCUACAUCCGGAGCCUCAUCCAGCAGUCCCCCGAGUUGAAAGACGCGGCUGCGGCGCCCCUCGAGCGCUUCCUCGCUGUCCCCGACUUCUCGGCCGCCGACGCGGGAACGCCGGACACUCCCACUGGGGCGCUCGUUCCGACGGAGGGCUUCCGAAUCGACGUCCAUGUGCGGCCGGUGCUCAAGAAGAAGAAGAGCUUCGGCUUCAACAGAGAGAAGAAGGUGGAGGCGGAGGGGGGACAUCUCGCGGAGGGCAAGGCGGAGCAGGUCAAGCAGGACGCACGCAUCUACGCGACCGGAAACAAGGCAAUGGCGGCCCUGUUUGCGCACACGCUCGCGGGCGAGCUCACGUCCCGCCUGCGCAGCUGGAUCGCGGACCACUUCGAGUUCCUGAAUAUCACCGGGUUCAACGGGCAGCCGUCCGAAACGGACGUCCUGACGGCGGCCAUCAUGGAGGGCUGGAUGGCGGGCCUGGGCGUGACGGUGCUGGGGAGUUCGGACGCGCUCGGACAGCUGCUGAGCGACUACGCGCUCAAGGUGUACGAGGCGCAACUAGAGCACCUGGAGGACCUGGCGGGGACGCUUGCGUCCGAGGAGGCGGAGGACCUGCCCGCAAUCGCGCGCCUGCGUGCGGGGCUCGAGACCAUCGAGCACCGCCGGCAACGCAUCCGGCACCAGAUCGCGGGGGAUCCCUCGCUCCUCCCCCCGGCCCACGCGACCCUCGCGCUGCGCCGGCUCGACGAGGUCUCCGCGGAACAGACGCGCAUCGACUCGCUCGCGCUGCUGGAGGAGCUCUUGAUCGGGCUCGAGGCGGUGGUCACGGAAGCGCUGCAGUCCCCCGGGGCGAACCACCGGGCACUGAGCGCGAAGCUGGAGACGCUGGUGUUGCAGUCGGGGGCCCUCGCCCCGGCCGACCGCGCGGUCGUGGACGAGUGCAUCGAGGCGGCGCGGGAGGAGCUCCCGGACGCGGCGCCCGACCCCCCCCCGGAGGUCUCGUCGUCCGAGGGGAGCACCGCGAACAACGCAGAUGUCACUCCCGCCGGGGGGGAGGAUCCGCAGCCGACCCGGGGGGGGGACGGGAUGCAGGCGAUCCAGUGGAGCGUCGUCCAGUUUAGCAACGGGGUGACGGAGCCGGUGGUCGUGAAGUGUGGCGCGAACGACAAGCUGGAUUUGGCGGUGCAGAGCGGGAACGGGAAAGUGGCGGUGUUACCGGUCCCCGGCGUUUUGGGGGGGAUGGAUAUGGACCAGAUUAAGCACACCCUGGGGCACGUGCCCCCGGACCUGGUCCAGCUGGCGAUGGCGCGGACGCCGGACGGGACGCGCGCGCGCUACACGCGGCUGUAUAAAACGUUGGCUGCUCGAGUUCCGAAACUACGAGCCGCUAUGGGAGCCGAGUUGGAAGACUUCGCCCCAAAUAAAGGGGCCGGUAAAACGGGUUCAUAACAAAAGCCGCAUCUGUGCCCGGCUUUUCCGAAUUGGAAAGCCGGCUUUGAUUGAGUGCGCAACUUGCUUGUAUUGGGUUAUUAGUUUUGACUAUAGGUGCUGGUAGAUAGGCAGUCAAUGCUGACGAAGAAUAGAAGCUCCUGUUAGAUUCUGGUUGCCUGGACAAGGCAUAAGUAGCAAUAUCUGUGCUGGACGGAGAGAACCGUACGAAGCUCAAUGUCAGCGCGACCUUACAUUGGUAAGUGAUGCAGUCAAAUACGUAAUUGAUCAGACUUGAGUGGAAGUCGUUCCUAAAGAAACUUGAGUUGGGUGCCUCUGAAACGGCAUGGCGUGUGUGCCAGUGUAGAUUUUGGCCUUGAUGUGUUGGAAGUUCCAGCACCCUCCGCGGCAUGGAAUCAUUGCUG